AUGUUUCGGCCACAGCUGAGGCAGAUCUCGCUGCACUGUGAACGGACAAAACUCGGUCUUUCUACACCUGCUCGCCAGUUCUCCUGUACUCGUACAGUGGCCGCCGAAAAUCGAGCCCAGCCAUCCGACAACCGUAAACCCAAUCCCCGCUCUUCAUCGGCCACGCUUUCCUACCGGCCUCGCAAUCCCAAUGGCCCGCCAGCUCGCACCAACCAGUAUCAAACUCGUCCUCCUCGAGUGAUUGACGCUAGAUCUUUUGCAGCCGCACGAGCUAGCGGUGGAGAGCAACCUAAGAUUAUCCGCAGCCCGAGAUCACGCGACAUUCGAGGCGGCAAUCAACCUCAAAAUCGCAAACCUAAACCCUUCGCCAAAGGCGCCAAGGGUAACCGAAAUGGGCCGCGCAGGAACGCAAAAACCCCUGAGAAUGACGACGGCGAAGAUAGCGAAGCGGCGGCUAUUGAUCAAAUUCUUCAAGAGCAAAUCAUCAAAUCCAGGCCAACGCCUAUUCGUUAUGAGCCUCAGGAGAUCAGCUACUCUACUUUGAAAGAGACAUGGCCUUCAAUUCCUACAGACGUGAACUCGCGCUCGGCUGCCGUCUACGAAAAGCUUUCCAGCCUGGGCGGCCGCAUUGCCAACGGCUAUAUCCCGCCCUAUGAGCUUGGAAGGCGCCUGUGGAAGGGCCAGAGCGUUCUUUUCAACAAUGAGAACGAGAAGGCGGAGGCUUUGGAAGAGACCAAGCGAUUGGCUCAGCUUCGUGCCGAUCGAAUUUCACAGCGCAAGGGUGACCUUGUGGAGCCACGGAAUGUCGAGUUUAGUCCCAUCGACGCGGAAAGCACCAAGUCUCUCAUGGAAACGUUCGUUCAGGGAAACUACCCCACGUCUGAAGUCGGGAAAGAUGGGCAUGCCGUAUUGAGAGAGGUGUUGAAGAACCUCCGGAACAACGGGACCUACCAGACAACCGGGAAGACCUCGCAGUUCAUGGCCAAAAUUGAAUCUCUUGUUUCUGCUGGCCGCAAGACCAAGAGUGUCUGA